AUGGCAGCAAAGCUCAUUGAUAGACGGUUCCACAAUAUUCCCGGCAAACUCAGGGUGUCCGAGCUGUUCUUUGACGUUCCCGUUGACUACAGCAAGCCACAAGAUGACACGUUGAGGCUCUUCGCUCGAAGUGUUUCUCGCUUCAACAAACCCGUCGAACCAACGAAAGAAGAGAGCAAGCAGCCAUGGCUCGUCUACCUCCAAGGUGGCCCGGGCUUCGGAUGCAGUGCCCCGCAGAACUACGGGUGGAUUGAGCCAGUGCUCAAUAAGGGGUAUCAAGUCCUUUUUCUGGAUCAGCGUGGCACUGGCCUUAGCUCUACUCUCACGGCUGCAACCCUCGCUCGCCAGGGCAAUGCUAUUCAACAGGCCGAGUAUCUCAAGCAUUUCCGUGCCGACAGUAUUGUACGUGAUUGUGAGGCAAUUCGACAAUAUUUGACGAAGGAUUACCCCGAAGAUCAAAAGAAAUGGAGUGUCAUGGGCCAGAGCUUUGGUGGUUUCUGUGCCAUCACCUAUCUCUCGAAGUUCCCCGAGGGAUUGAGGGAAGCAUUUCUCACUGGUGGCCUGCCUCCGCUCGUUGACGGGCCAGACCCCGUGUACGCUCGCACGUAUGAAAAGGUUGUGGAAAGAAACUGGGCAUACUAUGAGAAGUACCCCGAGGACGCCGAGCGAGUCAAGACCAUCAUGGAGUACUUGAAUACCCACAACGUUGCUUUACCGUCAGGAUGGCUCUCUCCGUCUCGGUUCCAACAACUCGGCAUUAUGUUCGGAUUUCAUGGUGGCCUCGAUAUUAUGCAUGUUGUAUUAGACAUUGUCCUUCGUGCUUGGAACGAUCUGCAAAUAUUCGGCUUUCUUACAGUGCCCACUUUAGCCACAAUCGACAGCAACGGUGGGAUGGAUAAAAACAUUAUCUACGCCAUCCUCCAUGAGGCAAUUUACUGCCAAGGCAAAUCGUCUCGUUGGGCAGCCGAUAGACAACGUUCAGAAAAUCCUGCAUUCCAAAUUGCUGGAUCUCAGCCACAUAUUUACUUUACCGGAGAGAUGGUCUUCAAAGACAUGCUCGACUCAUACACGGAGCUGAGUCAACUCCGAGACGUAGCAGAGGCCCUGGCCAACACCAGUGAUUGGCCAGCUCUGUAUGACGAGGCACAGCUUGCUAGAAAUGAAGUUCCAGUCUAUGCUGCCUCAUACAUUGACGAUAUGUACGUGCAUUACGACCUAGCCUCCAACACUGCGAGCAAGAUCAAGGGGAUCAAGCAAUUCAUCACCAACACCAUGUAUCAUGAUGCACUGCGGAGCAAGUCCGGCGAGGUUAUGCGCCAACUUUUCAACCUUCGUGAUGACUCUAUUGACUAG